UUUCGAGUCGGACAGCUCAGUUCAUUUGGUUGGUAGAGGCGAACGGUGGUGCAUAGUACGACAGCUGAUUCUGGACAGUGUUGCGAUCGUUUCUCUCUGCUGUCAGUGGAUACAGUACUGCGGAUCGUUUAGUUGUUUCGCGACUCGAUUUUCGCUUAUGCGUGUACGCUCAACGGAGACAAUUGUGAUCCUAUCGAAUACUGCUCUUUCCUCGAAAACGAAUGCGGCCUUGCAAUUUGAAAAUCUUCUCAUCGAUCAUUGGAAAAGUCAAGACAAGGAUCAAAGACGCAUCGUAGCGAUUCACUACGGCCUAGCUAGCCUAUGUACAUCUUGGGUUACUGCACGUUCUACUGUGAUUGCCGUGUGAUCACUAUUUUCUUGUGAAACACGACGUUGUGUAUAGUGCAGCGAUCAAAGAAAGGGCGGAGAGGCAGAGAAUGCACAGCGUCAUCAUCGGGGUAUGAUUUCGGACGCUGUUAGGAUACCUAAAUUUAAAUUCGACCGAUGCAUCAACAGAUGAUGGCAGAUUUAAAGAAUCUCGCUCUGGCUGGUGGAGGAGGAUCUAGAUACAGUGGAGAUGAACAGGUACAGUUCAUUCCAGGUGGAAGUCAUCAGGUGACAAUUAAAUCGCCUCCACCUUCACUGCAUUUGGAAAGUCUGAACAAUGCUGUUCUUAGUGGCUCGCAAAAUAAUCUCCAUUGCAAUUGCAAUGGUAGUGCGUCUAAUGGUACCGCAGUUGCAAUGUGUAGCAGUAGUAUGUUCGCGAGAAAAGUACCAAACCAUAGUCCAGGACAGGAUGGCAAAAGGCCGGCAGUAACAUUGACGCAUUUACCGAAGAGGCCACCGGUUGACGUUGAGUUCAAGAACCUAGCGUACAGCGUAUCCGAAGGCAGAAAGAGAGGGUACAAAACAAUUUUAAAAUGCGUAAACGGUAAAUUCCAAUCGGGAGAAUUGACCGCUAUCAUGGGUCCUUCAGGUGCUGGAAAAAGUACACUGAUGAACGUUUUGGCAGGUUACAAAACAUCUCACUUGAGUGGUUCUGUUUUGAUAAACGGAAAGGACAGGAAUCUGAGAAGAUUUCGAAAGAUGUCCUGUUACAUAAUGCAAGACGAUCGUCUUUUACCUCAUUUAACGGUCUAUGAGACAAUGACUGUUUCGGCUAAUUUAAAAUUAGGAAAAGACAUCAGCGCGAGGGAAAAGAGAGUGGUGAUCGAAGAAAUCAUCGAAACGCUCGGCCUAAGCGACGCGAGCAAUACACAAACCCACUGUCUUAGUGGAGGGCAGAGAAAAAGGCUAUCGAUUGCAUUGGAACUUGUUAACAACCCUCCGGUGAUGUUUUUUGAUGAACCAACUUCUGGCUUGGACAGCUCGACUUGUUAUCAAUGUUUAAGUUUGCUCAAAUCGUUAAGCAGAGGAGGAAGGACUAUUAUAUGUACGAUACAUCAACCAAGCGCUCGACUGUUUGAAAUGUUCGAUCAUUUGUACCUUUUGGCCGAGGGCCAGUGUAUAUAUCAAGGAAACGUUGGUGGGCUGGUACCUUUUUUAUCGUCAAUGGGUUUGGAAUGUCCUAGUUAUCAUAAUCCAGCGGAUUACGGUAGGUAA